GAUUUCUCAUUCAUCCGCAUUCAUUCGACGGUGCUGCAAGGUGUCGGCUGUAUAGCUAUUUUUGCGCCCAAAGUCUUCUCAUUCCUGUCUCCUGGUUUUGGAUUCUUUCUGUGUAGAGCUAUCACCAGUAGAACAUUCAAAGCAUCAACAAAAUGUCCUGGUACUAUACGCCUGUCCCUACGGUGGUUCCGGUGGAAGGGUUUGACGCUUCCGCGGAUGCCAAUGCACUGCGCGGUGCGAUGAAGGGCUUUGGAACGGACGAGCAGGCCAUCAUCGACGUUCUGUGCACCCGAAGCAACGCCCAGCGGCAGCAGAUCAACGAGCAGUACAGCAGUGAGCUGGGACGGGAUUUAAUUGAGGACCUGAAAUCCGAGCUGGGCGGCAAGUUCGAAGACGUCAUCGUCGGGCUAAUGAUGCCACCGGAAAAGUAUCUGUGCAAGCAGCUGCACAAAGCAAUGGACGGUUUGGGGACGGAUGAGGAUACGCUCAUCGAGAUUCUUGCACCGCAAACGAACGAGGAGGUGAAAAAAAUCGUCGACAGCUACGAGGAGAUGUACAGCCGCCCUCUGGCGGAGCAUUUGUGCAGCGAAACUGAUGGUAGCUUCCGGCGAUUGCUUACGAUGAUCAUUGUCGGUGCCCGCGAUCCGCAGGGCACGGUCGAUGCUGAUCUUGCCGUGGAGCAGGCGAAGCAACUGUACGAUGCCGGUGAGGGUAAGCUCGGUACGGACGAGGAAGUGUUCUACAAGAUCCUUGCCCAUGGCUCCUUCGAUCAGCUGGAGAUUGUGUUCGAAGAGUACAAAAGUCUGUCGGGACGUACGAUCGAGCAAGCGCUGAAGGCGGAAUUGAGCGGCGAACUUUACGACGCACUGAGCGCGAUCGUGGAGUGUGUCCAGAUGGCACCGCACUUCUUUGCCAAACGGCUGCACAAGGCGAUGGAUGGUGCUGGUACGGAUGAUGCGAAGUUGAUCCGUAUCAUUGUGUCCCGGUCGGAGAUCGAUCUGCAGAACAUCAAGGAUGAGUUCGAGCAGAUGUACAACAAGACGCUGCUGAGUGCUGUGCGGAACGAGUGCUCUGGAGACUACAAGCGUGCUCUCUGCGCCCUCAUCGGCGGUGCCUAAGACAACGGAAGUUGGAGGACAACUAAGUUUAUUGAAAAAGAAAGAUAUUUCCCAUACACAGCAUACCUACAACAAAAGAAAACCAACGAUAUUUAUGCACUUUAAAGUUAACGUUUGCAAGCCAACAUGUGAGCAACGCGGGCGCUUUCGUCGCUGAUGAUUUUAGUAAAAGUUCCUGAAACUUUGGUAGACGUGGCCUUUUUCGUAGCGAUGUGUGUGCCUGGCGCUUAAUCAAUGUUGUGUAACCUAUUGUUCGGUUUGCCUUAUGCAGCGUUACGCUAGAUUUAAAACAGUAUUUUAAUGCACAACGAUUGGAAAUAAAGCAUUUAAUGUGACGGUGAAGCAAUAA